AUGUUAGCACAUCAGUGUCAGCCUGGGUCAGUGGCUGCAGAAAAGGACGUGGAGGCUGACUCGGGGCCUCGUGGAGCCAGCAGGGAACGUCUGGGUGCAGAGGGGACACUCACCCAGGAAAAGGGUGGCCACUCAGUCCCAGCCCACCUCCUGGGAAACCCCUAUGCCUUUGGUCUCACCCCCGGUGCUGUCAUGCAGGAUUCACGUUUCCAGCCCCUCAAUCUGCCCAGACAGUUGCCUAAUGCCCCUGGUCCUGUACCAGAAGAGUACCUCCGUGGUUUCCGGCCCUAUGCCACGACUGAAGAUGCCCUCCGCAUGCCCUCUUUGCCCUUGGGCCUGGACCCUGCCACUGCAGCUGCUGCAGCUGCCUACUACCACCCCAGCUACCUGCCCCACCCUUCCUUCACGCCAUACAGGAUGGAUGACACAUUCUGCCUCUCUGCUUUGAGGUCACCUUUCUACUCGCUGCCAGCAGGGGGAGCUUUACCCCCCAUCCAUCCCUCCGCUGUUCACAUGCACCUACCAGGGGUCCGCUACCCUGGAGAUUUCACACACCCUUCACUGUCAGCAUUGCAGUCUGAGAGGCUUCAGCUGGAGGAUGAGCUGCGACAGAGAGAAAGGGAACGCGAACGAGAACGUGAGCGUGAAAAAGAGAGGGAGCGUGAGGUGGAGAGAGAGAAGGAGCGGGAGAGAGAGCGAGAGCGGGAGAGAGAUCGGGAGAGAGAGCGGGAGAAGGAGCUGGAGAGGGAGAGAGAGCGUGAGCGAGAGAGGGAGCGUGAGAGAGAGAGGGAGAAGGAGAGAGAAAGAGAGAAGGAGCUGGAGAGGCAGAAGGAGAGAGCACUGAGAGAGAAGGAGCUGCAGGCAUCCAAGGCCAUGGAGAGCCACUAUCUGGCCGAAUUCCAUGCCAUGAGGGGGCAGGAGGACCGAACCAAGCCUGAGAGACUCACCCCUAAUCGGGCUGAUAAAACCAAAGAGCCCGCCCCUCCAGCUCCCAAACCAGUCCCGCCAGGACUCCACUCUUCAAUGGUCCAAUCACAUCAUCCUGUCCCUGGUAUAAUCUCAGGCCACGGCCUCUACAUGGGGCCCGGCGCUGUUGGGCCGGGGCUCUCGGCCGCAAUGAUGGCUCAGAGGACCAAUGAGGAGGAGAGGUGGUUGGCGCGGCAACGCAAGCUGCGGCAGGAGAAAGAGGAUCGUCAGUACCAGGUGUCUGAAUUCCGCCAGCAGGUUCUGGAGCAGCACCUGGACUUGGGCCGGCCAGGUGACGCACCAGAUCACAGGGCAGAAUCACACAGAUCCAUACCAAAUCACCAUGAACCAGGAGGCCGUGACCUACACCCUCACUUAGGCGCCCCUCCACCCCUCAUCUCCCCCAAACCUCCUCAGCCACCACGAGAACAACACCCUCCGCCUCCCACAACCCUGUGGAACCCUGCAUCUCUUAUAGAUACAGCCUCAGAGUCCAGACGUAACCACGAGCCCUCAGGGAUGGGACACUACGAGCUCAGUCGGCUACCCCCAGGGCCCUCCAAAUAUGAGGAUGGACCACGACGGAGAGAAGGGGGAGCAAUGGAGAAGUAUCCCCCACUGAGAGGUCCUCCGGGCCUGCCAGAGCCCAGCACAUUCCUUGCUGAUCUGGAGAAAUCCACCCACUCCUUCCUCAGCCAGCAGAGGGCAUCACUAUCCCUGUCUAGCCAGUAUGAACUGGAGGGAGUUGUGAAAAGCAAUGCUGGACUAAAGAGUCUCCAGGGACACCCAGGGCACAGUAGACAUGGACAAGGGCUAGGAAUGAUUGCUGGGCCAGGGAUGGGACAGGUAGCCACACUGACAGUGGGUCCAGACACAAUGCUGAUCUAUGACGAGUUCCUGCAGCAGCAUCGAAGGCCCGUCAGCAAGCUGGAUCUGGAAGAGAAGAGGAGAAGGGAGGCCAAGGAGAAAGGUUACUACUAUGAGCUGGAUGACUCAUAUGAUGAGAGUGAUGAGGAGGAGGUGAGAGCUCAUCUCAGGAGAGUAGCAGAGCAGCCCCCUCUCAAAUUGGAUGACUCCACAGAGAAAUUGGACUUCCUGGGAGUGUUUGGCCUGACCACGGUGGGCCGGCGAGAUGAGCUGGUGCAGCAGAAGAGAAGGAAGAGGAGGAGGAUGCUCAGGGAGCGCAGCCCCUCGCCACCUGUCUCGCACUCGAAACGCACUCCUCCUCCUCCUCCCCAGCUUAGCACGCGCUUCACGCCUGAGGAGAUGGACCGAGCACCAGAGCUGGAGGAUAAGAAGCGGUUCCUCACCAUGUUCAGACUGUCCCAUGUCACUAUACAGCAGAGGAGAGAUAAUGAAAGGGUGGCGGAGCUGCUUCAGGCCAUUAAAGAAAGGAGCGUAACCUUGGAUACCAUCAGACAUGCCCCUCAUCCGCUGUGCAAGAGUCCUCCAGCACAGAUCUCUGAUUCUGCACUUGCCCAGCCUCCCUCUGAAUCAGAAGAUCACCACAGUGUCAGACCACAUAGCCCCUCCUCACAUUGCCCAGCAUCCCCCAAUGGCCAUCCAAAACCCCUUGGGGACACAUUAAGACCAAAGGAACCCCCUUCUCCAGCUGUCUACCCAGACAAGGCCCGGGGGCCCAGUGAGGGACCGAUCUCUAAGAGGAGCUCCAGCCUGCUGAACAGCUUGCGGCCCCCACUCCCCCUGCAGGCGAAAGAGGGCCUUCACAGCGUCAAUGGACGCACCAAACCCUGGGACAGCUUCACCCCGGAGGAAUUUGCCCAGCAGUUCCACGAAUCUGUGCUUCAGUCCACUCAGAAGGCUCUGCAAAAACACAAAGGUGGAGUUACAGGAAUGCCGGAGUCGUCCCACCUCCAGGAGUCAUCUGUUCACUACAACAUUCCAGAGCUUCAGAGCGCCCCUGGCCGACCGCCGCAGCCGCAUUCACAAUCUCACUCCAACACACAUUCAUUUCCCCAUCCGCUCUCACACCCUCACCCCCAGCCCAAUGGGCAGCACUUCUCUGUACCCCAGCACCGGGAGGCCUCAGGGACGAGGGAGGACCUGUCUGGUCCAGAUGACUCUGAGGAGGAAGAGGAUGAGGAGGAAGAGGAGGCUCCUGUUUCCAAGUGGCAGGGGAUUGAAUCUAUAUUCGAAGCAUAUCAGGAAUAUGCUGAAGAGCAAAGUUUGGAGCGACAAGUGUUGCAGAGUCAGUGUCGAAGACUAGAAGCUCAGAACUACAACCUCAGUCUGACUGCUGAGCAACUGUCUCAUAACAUGGGGGAGCUGAUGUCCCAGAGACAGAAGCUGGCAGCGGAAAGGGAGAAUCUACAAGCAGAGCUGGAGCACUUCAGGAAGUGUUUGACACUGCCACAGACACACUGGCCGAGAGGCGGUCAUUACAAGGGCUACCCUCCCAGGUGACCCCAACACACCGACCUGAAGGCCCCCAGGCCCCCAGCCACCUCCCCUUUCAGACUGACACCCAGAGUUUAUUUUUCAUGGCCUGGUGCACAUGGCUCCAUGGAGGAGAAUAUGGCUGGCUAGAUAAGAAGAACGAAUGAAUGAAUGAAUGAAUGAAUGAAUGAAUGAAUGAAUGAAUGGAGUGAAUGGUUAGAUGGAUGAUGCAGGACCAUACAGUGAAGGACCGACAGUCUUUGGAUUGUGGCCAACCAGGGACUGCAACACGUGCCAAUGUAGCCAACCCCCUAAAUCAGCAGGAGUAUGGGACAGGAGUAUCUGAAGAUCAACACAAACACACACAAAUACAGAUGUGCACCUGCUUUUCACACAAUCUUCAGUCCCUGCUGCUCUAUUGUUCAGUCCCUGCAUCCCUCGCCGCCACAGCUACACAGACAAUCCUGCCAAUGAGGGAGCAGCUACCCCAGGAAGGGGGUGUCAUCAAGAGACUUGAACGCUCCAAAGGCUUCUGGCCAGUCGGGACUGAUUUUAUCACAGUGGCCACAUGAGCUUUUGAACUGGAAAUGCACUUAAGAAUAAAAGCUGAAGAACUACCUGGUGGUACUGUGUUACAACAAAGAACUGUUCAAAUUAGGGACGAACUUAGAAAAUGCACAUUUUUGGAAAGAAUUAAGGAAAUGUUUUAUUUCAAAAUAGAAAAUUUGAGAAUAAGAAUUUUAAAAGGUGCUUCAGCCUUGUAUUGUAAAUAAUAUGAAGACUUAAAAGAAUUUUGUAUGUUUUUAUUACUUUAAUCAUUGUUCUUUUAAAAGAAAAAAGCCUGCCAUUUUUAUAUGUUUAUGCUUUUUUGGGUUGGAAAAGAAAGCCUUGCUUUUAGUGUUUGUACUGCUGCUGGCCAGAACAGCUCAUUUUGAGACAUUUAACAGAGUGAGAGAGAACAGGAUACACUUCUCCUCUUACUCUCUCCUGGCACUGCGCAGCUGAGACUCAGCCACAGCCGCCUCACCUGGCAUCUGAGCUCAGCAAAGCUUACUUAGAGGUCCUGAGACAUGGCUCCUGCCCUCUCAUCCCCCUCCCUUCACAGCAACAUAUGUCUCUCUGUUAUAUAAUGCCCCUUAACAAUUCCUCUGGUCAGCUUCACUGCUACUGGCAUGAUUAGUUAGCUUGUGAUGCUCUCAUACAGAAACCAGUUGAGAUCCACAGUGACAGAAUACUUUUUUUACUUUAGUCACUUGACAUAUUUGAUUAUUUUGUAAAGACAUGAAGAGUCUUUUAAGCUGCCAGCUGAUGAAACUGGUUCUUAAUGCUUUAUCCUACCAUUGGACCUUUCAGUUCACUUUGUAUGACCUUGGACUUAAACAAUAUGACGGUUUGCAUAAUGUUACGCCUUACAGGAUCAAGCCCUUGUCAGCGGCCAUGAGAGGACAUAGUGCCAAAAUGAAUAAGGGUAGCAUUUUGGAUUCUUAAUUUUAAAUUGAGUUGCAAUUAACUAGCCAAACAUUUAAACCAGAACAGCACUCUUCCACUGCUGAAAACCCUUGACCCUACUCAUCUCCUUCCUGCAUUUACCCAUUUUAGGACCGUCGCUAUCCAAAGUUGCCAAUUUGUUAUAAAUAAGUCACACAAAAAGUAGGUUCAAUCUGGGAAUUUCCUAGUACAUAUAAAAUCAGAUUUACCUGGCCUCACGCCUGUUUACAACCUCUGCCUGACCUUCAUCCUCCUCGUCAGCUCUGCUCUGAGAUUCAGUCACGCAAGUUUUACACUGACUUUGUUCCCUGUAACUCAUGUAGCCUCAGCGUUAUGGUUGUAUGUGCGAUUGGAGACUCUAAAGGCCAUCUACGAGGUGUAUAGAUCAGUUUUGAAUUUAAGGGGUUCUAUCCUAGCUGCACAAGUUAUGGCGGUGGGAUGGUUGGUGUGAAAAGAGUGGGGGAAUUAAAAAAGAAGAAAAAUCGCAAACUUGUGCAGAAAUUUAAUUUAGAAAGACUGAAGCACAACUUAACCCCUACAUACAGUAUAUUAAUUACAAGUGCCUCAAGAAUUUGGGAGCAUGAGAAUGAGUUGCAGUCCACAUGAUGGACAUUAUACACAUCAGUGAUCAGGGACUUCACAUUCAAGCGUCUACUGUAUGUCUCACACCUUUCAAAUAUGUGCAUGUCAAAAACCGACACCAAAUUCCUUUAUCUAAAUGCAUCUCUGAGAAUCCAUUGAGUCACUAGAACUUUUUAUAAAUGAGGCCCGAGCCAUUUCAGAGGAUCAGGUGGAUGCAGAGUGUAGUCUGUCAUUUUUACAGAGCAGAAGAGAGCCAAGAGCACAGCCUAUCAGUUUAUGAGGGAGUAUGCAUGCUGAGGUAAGCUGCCAAUGACCUGGGGAGGAAGGUGCAGUUACAGUGAGCCCCUUACCCAGCCUCCCUGUGUCUCCAACGCACGCCCAUGCAAUAGCCCCAUUACUCAGUGGAGGAUGUCUAGAUGCUGUGAAAUCCUGUUUUUAAAAUGUACUUGUUUGAAUUCAUUGUAAUGUAAUAUAUUCUUUGUUGAAUGUAGUAAUUAGGUAUUUAUGAAUAUAUGGCUGUGAUUUCAGACAAAAAAGAAAAUAAAAUAUUUCAAAAAUG